AUGUGGAACUUGGGAUCUGAGCCUGGCAGUGACAGGCAGCUGCCCCAGAAACACUGCCCAAAGCCGCUCAGGGGCUCGGUGUUGCCCUUGUGGUGGAAAAUUAUACACAGGUCCCGCUGGAAGGUGCAGGUGUUGGCCUCAGAGCUCAGCCUGGUUGCCUUCAUCCUGCUGCUGGUCAUGGUCUUCUCCAAGAGUUGGCUGUGCCUCUCCAGGAGCUGUUUCUACCAGCGCUGGCCUGCAGACAUUAGCUCCAGGAUCUACACGUCAUCUCACAUCAUGUCCAUGGGGCUCCUGCACUACUGCAAUCUGAAGAGCCACUCCCACCCAGAGAAUGGGAAAGUUAUUGUUAUUUUCUUCACCCUCAUGUUGUUCCCUAUUAACCUCUGGAUAUUCAAGUUGAAGAAGAACAUGUCAGUCCCCAUUGGCUGGAGCUAUUUUGUUGGUUGGUUGGUGUUUGUCCUAUGUGUCACCUGUGGGCUCCUUUGUUACUUCAACCAGGAACAUUUCUGGGGUCUGAUUAUAAGCCAUCUCUCUUGGAGCGUGUACUGCAGCUGUGCUUCAGUACAGGACUCUCUGAAGGAGCAGAUUGUCUCAAAGACCUUUGUCGACCAAGAAGAAGACCUGGAAUCUGAGCAAGAGAAGGCAUCGCUGUAA